UGUGCGUCGUGUUCCUGGGGAGGUUCUACCAGAGUCUAAAGGACAACGAUGUUGAAUUCACACCUGCCAGUAUUGAGAAGGAGCUCUUGAAAUCCUGCAAAGAAGCAAAAGGCAAAGAGAAUCGCCUGUGCUAUUAUAUCGGGGCCACAAGUGAUGCAGCCACCAAAAUUAUUAACGAGGUAUCAAAGCCCAUGAGUCAUCACAUCCCCGUGGAAAAGAUCUGCGAGAAGCUAAAGAAGAAAGACAGUCAGAUCUGUGAACUAAAAUACG